CCCCUUCACCUGUUUCACCAGCAGACAGGUUGAGCUAGUCUGACAGAUGAGUUCUUUAGCAGUGCACGUGCUCGCCUCACCUGUCCAGACACCUGAUGAUACUAUUCCAACACACUGAGCAAGGUGGUACUGAGUUGAACAAUUAAAACGACCAUUGGCCUACUCUAUAAGUAAGACCAAUCAACCGUUAAAGGAUCAUCCAUGAAGACUCCAACAGCCAGUUCUGCAGUUCUUCCAUCGGGAUGAGCAUUGCUACGAAAGAACAAAAACCAAAGAAGCCUCACUACAUCACCCAUCCUCCUGGCAACUGCUUCCAGUGCCCCUUUACCUGCAACCAGAAAUCUCACCUGUUCAACCACAUGAAAUACAACUUGUGUAAGAUCUCCAUCAUUUCCAAACAGAGCAGAAGUCCAAAGCACAAUUCCUCCCCAGAAACCAGCCCAGUGGCAAUGGAGAAACCUUCAGAGGCCAAUUGCUCAGUGUAUACCAUUGAUGUUUCGAAAGAAAGAAACUUAGAACAGGACGUGGACAACCCUGAGAUCUCAACGAUUAACGGUCAUGAAGGCAGUGUACCUCUAAAAGAGUUGGUAUCUACAAUGGAGGCAAUUCCAGUGAUCCAGGUGGAGAAGCAAAAGAUUGAACCACCUACCAAAAAUGGGGGUGUUUAUUCUAGUCGUUCAGCUCUAAACCAAAGUGGAUCCUUCGAGAAGAAAAUACAGGACGAAAUGGAUCCACCAAGGUGGCAUUUCUCUGACUCUUCAACUGGGUCAUCAUCUCUGGUCGACUCAAAGGAAAUAGCAUCACCUGUCUGUAAACCAGAGGUUCAUCUUCCACAACCGGUUCCAAGUGUAUUUCAGAGACCUUCAGUCUCAUUUAUGCCAAGCUCUCCAAGUCUCGAACACAAACUAGAGAGUGAGAUGGAUUAUCCGUAUCAUGGAAAUGUCCUUAUAGGGUAUCAUUCUUAUGGCGUUCCCACUCCUUUGCAUCCGCUUUACCACCAAUAUCACCCAUACUUUCUGCCAAGUAACAUUUACAACACUCAACCACAGCUCCAUCAAUAUAUCCUAGAAUCUCACAGAUUCCACCCUUUGUUUCCAAGGCAACAAUUUCCAGCAAAUUCCUUGGCAAGGUCUGAGGAGUAUUUUAGGUACUACCACACAUUUCUGACUCCCAGUUAUGGCCACUACCACCCACAGCAGCAAACUCAUCCUGCAAUGCCCUCCCCUGUUCCGUACCCUGAACCAGCUCAUCCCAUAAUGUAUAUCAACUCUGUAUUUUCAGGACCUGCAAGACAUGAAGCCUCCAAACCCUCAAACAUACCAUAUGAUCCAUUUAACAUGAGGGAAUACUCAUCCGAUCACAGAGAGCAAGAAAAAAAAGUCGAUGGAAAAGAGAUUCAGGUGAGUUCGCAGACUAGACGCUCUGAUAUUGGAUCACCAGACAGACCACACCCCUGCAACGAUUCCCAUAAGCAAUCCCCACAUGGAAGUAGGGAUUCAGCACCAACCUGCCAAUCAAAAGAGAGGGGCGAGGCCACAGGGACAAAUGUGGAAGGUCAGCCACAAGUGGGCAGGAAUAUCUCUGAAAGGUCUAAAUCUGCAUUCAGAGAGUUUGAGAAACAGGGAGAAGAUAGUGCUGAUGUUGAUGUCAUGAUUCCUCUGAACCUGUCUGUGAAGUCAUCGACACCUCCACCAGACAGCCAAUCCCACAACGGUUUGAUCAGAGAUGGCCUCGCUCAGCAGGGGAUUACGGGUGCUGUGACAUCACAAGAGAACGGUUGUUUAAUUGUCGAGGAAGAAACAACAGCUGCGUUCGCUCUCUGCCAACUGGCCCAGUCUGGUGUUUCAGACCUGUGCAGAAACUCAAACAUCAGAUGUUUUUCUGAUUCAAGAACCAGUCAUGACCAAGAAACCGUCCAUCUUCAGAAUCCUGCAUCUGAUGAAUCCGAUCAAAGGAACACCACAGAAGCAUCUGCCUCUGAUCGAGUUACUCUCAGUUCCACAGAAACAAACACAGACUCGACUUCUGAUGCCGCUGAAGUCUCCGCCUCCAAAUCAAGAGUUCAACGUCAAACAUGGACUAAAACAAGAGGAAAACGCAGCACAACAAGAAAGCGAAGAAGCAGCACCAGUAGCCGCAAUCUGAGGAAGAAAAUGAGACUUUAAUGUCACAAAAACUUAAUGGAAAUCACAUAUAAAAACGAUGUUUGCAAACGUUUCUGUAAAAUGUAUUUGUGUGAACACCAUUAAUGAAACCUUCCAGAAAAAGUGAGGUUUUGCAAUAUAUUGAAACACAUUAGUUUACUCAUAUGUGACACGAAACACAUAUUGAAGAUUCAAAUGAACCAAUAAUGACUUUUUACAAAUGAAUAAAACACCGAGCAGGAAAUCUUAUGUUCAUAAGGUUGCAUGUUUGCAUAUUUCAUAACUGUCAUUGUUUAUUUGAAGUGGUUUGAAAUGUCGGUUUAAUUAAAGGUGAUGCUUGUGAUCUCAGACCUUUUUCUAACUUGGAAUUUUGCUGCAUGACCUCCCUCCAAAACCCCUCCCUCCAAAGACAUGUCAGCCAACCCUGAAUGUGCGAAAUGAUUGACAUGCUGAGAGAGAGUUUCUACAUUUGAUCCACGGCAUUAAAAA